GGUUCCGGAAAAACCUGUUUUGUGUCGAAGUUAGCACAGUUCUGUUUAUCUCUGUGGUAUCAGGCAGCAUACGCAGCGUGUGAAACAAAAGGUCGUUGUUUUGAACAGUGACAUCAUGGCAAUGACCUUCUACAUAAGCCUCAUUACUGCACUUUGUUUCCUAUCUGUGAUUGAUACAACGAUGACUGGAGGAUGGACAAGACGCGAAUCUGACGAUCCAAAAAUUGUAGAGAUUGCCAAGUAUGCAGUUAAGGAAUACAACAAGCAAUCAAACGAUAUCUAUGCAUUCACACUGAGUAAUGUCAAAGCUGCUGAAUCUCAGGUUGUUGCAGGAGCAAAUUACAAGGUGACAGUGGAGAUUGGGGAAACUGAUUGCAGAAAAAAUUAUUCCGAAAACGAGGAUACCCAAGCCUGUAAUCCGAAUGAGCCAAAAGGAAACAAGAUCCUCAAAUGUGAGUUUACAAUCUUUGACCAACCAUGGAACAAUAUCAGAGAGUUGACAAAGUCUUCUUGCUCUUGAGUUCUGUGGAACCACUGAUUUUCCCACAGCAUUGUAUUAAUUAAACCUUAAAAGGCUUUUACCUGG